AGUAGAUAACAGACUAGUGAGUGAUCCGGUGUUAUCUGUCCGGUGCAUUAUAAUGUGUUUUGGCGAGCACCAUUUUUGAUGUGAACACCUAUGUCAACCUACAUAUUUAUCUCUGAUAUUGGAUCAUUUACUCAAAUAUGCUUAUUCGCAGUUAAAGCAACAUCAACAUUAUGUAUAAUAUGGAGUGCAUAUGUAUUUGCAAAAACACGAUUGUUUUCCAGACGAGAUUCGGACAUUCAUAAUACUAUUGCUAAUAAGAAAAGGAAGUAUGAACAUUGUGAUGAAUCAGAAAUUUCUACACCUUAUGACAAUUAUUCUUCGGAACAAAAUUUACCAUCUUUAUCAAUUUUGAAGGGUAGUGUCAUAAUUCGCAAUAGUAUGAAUGCACUGUACAAUUUAAUUCAUCAUGUAAAGCAUAAUAGUGAUGAUAAUGUUGCUACUGCUGUGUCUACAGACGUUGACGAUGUCACUUCAACAAAUCCAUGUAGUGAAUUCAAUAAAAUCACUCAUUCAGAUGAAUUGGGUUUAUUUUAUAAAAUGAUAUGUGAUUUAAGUGUCAAGGCUGGAAUUACUACCAGUAAUAUUUACAGUACUCCUCGUAAACGAAGUCGUUUAUUGUCUUUCAGCAAAGAUCCAAAACUCACUACAGACUUUAUAUUACAUCUUUUGAUUUCGUACAGCAAGGAUCUUAGGUAUUUGGAUCACUUAUUCCAAUGUGAAAAUUUUGAACGUCUAAUCAAUUGGCUUAGUUCAAUCAGUCUUUCAGCAUUAAACAAUUCAGAUAACAAUAAUACACUACUUAUUGAUAAACAUCAUUCUUCACCAUCAGUAAAUCAACUCUUAUUUAAUGUCGAUCAAUGGACAAAUGAAUCAUAUUAUUGUGAUGAUAAUAAUAGUAAUACGGAUUCAUCAUUUGCAAAAGUAAAUAACUUGCCUGAUGUUCAUCUAGAAUAUCCUAUUCAUCUUUUAGUCGCUAAUUUUUUAGCAAACAUCUCGCAGCAUCCAUCAAGUUCCGUUUUAAACAAUUAUGAAGAUAUCAAUAAAUUAAUCAGCCUCUGGAAAGUUUCUACAAGUUUGCAUUUAAAUCUUUUUGGUUCCAAGAUUGAUCAUAAUUUAAAAAUUCAUUCUAAAAUAAUUGACAGUUCAUGUUCUGAUUCGCUCAAUUCAUACCCUAUCUACUGUCCAGAUGUUUAUAACUUAAAUGAUUCCAACAAUAUCAACGAAGAUUAUGAUUUUGAUAUUAUUUUUGUGAAUGGUAUGUUAGGUAGUGUUUUCUACACUUGGAGACAGCAUGAUUCAAUGCUUGCCAACAAUGCUACUCAGUAUACAAAAUGUUGGCCUAGAGACUGGCUUUCCCAUCGAUUUCCGCAAGCUCGAAUUAUUGGUGUUGAUACGUCAUUGAAGCCAUUUGUUUGGCAUUCAAUUUGUCCACUUCAAAAGUUACGGCGUACAUUAAAUGAGCGAGCUGUAGAUAUAAUGAAACAACUUAAAAAAGCAGAAAUUGGUCGUCGACCUAUAAUAUGGAUUACUCAUUCAGCUGGAGGUAUUCUUGUGAAAGAAAUGCUUCGAUUGGCUAAUUCUGUUAGCAAUGGUACUUCCGAACAAUCGGAAAACGAUCAUUCUGAGCCAAGUACCACGUCUAGCACUAGAGAGUGUGCACACGUUUCUCAUACUUAUGCAGCUUUGUCAGUUUUAAGCGGAGAAAACCCAUCUGUUUCUCAAUCCUCAAUUUCUAAAAUCGAUCCAUCCUGUAAAUGGUAUUGUCACGAAACUGACCAGGAGAAUGGAAAUCUGUCAAAUAUAUCGAAUCCUAGUUUUGUUGAAGAUAAAAAUUCCAAUAUUUCUGAUAAAUAUUUUGAAAAUCGUAUGUAUUAUUCGUCUAGUUGUUCUGAUUUUCUGUCUAAACCCAGUAGUGAUGCAUCAUUCCUAACCACUUUAUCCGAUAGUUCGAAAACAGAUCAUGUAAAUUACCAAACAUUAGCAAGCAAUACACAAGCAGUUGUAUUUAUGAGUACACCACAUAGAGGAAAUCAAUCGGUGCACACUUUAUAUCGUCGUCCAUUCCGAUGGGCGCUUACUCCUGAAGCUAUUCAACUUGAAAAAAGUAUGUUCGUACUUUUAUUUUGCUUACUGACAAUAAAUAAUUUUCGUUUCUUUUUUGUUUACUGAGGUUUCAACUUUUUUUCUUUCUUAUCAGCUAUGAGUUUGUCAUGUUUUAUCUAACUAAACUGUGUAAAAGUAAUACCAGCUUAUUACAAUUAAAUUUUUCCUAAAGCGAGAUUAACGAAUAUUGUUAUGUAGCGAACGAGAACUUAAGAGGGGACAACCAAAGGUAUUUUAAUACAACAGUACAGAAUAUCUUGGUAAAAUCUGAGAACCAUACAGUGAAUACUUCACUUGCAAAAUAUCCAUCAAUUGCCUCACACUUCGUUGUUCCUUCAUUUCCGCACCAAUCACUCUCUGUUUUCGUCCUCUUUUCUUCGAUCUUCUUAACCUAAAGCAUCCAGGCAUUUCACUUUCUAUUGGUGAUACAUAGUACUUAUAUCUGUGGAUAUCAGUAGCAUAUAUCAUAGUUAGGUCCAGUAAAUUAAUAUUUUACUUACUGUAAAUCUACCCUCACUAAUAUGCUAAUUUUGUGAACUAAAUGCAGUGUUACAAAAAAAGUAAAAUGUACGAAACAAAUGUAGUUAUUGUCAGUAAUGUGGAAAAUCACUAAUCACUAGAACAAUAAUAACGUGAGUAUAUGUUGGUGACAAAUAUCGUAACAUGUUGGUGUCCAAAUCCAGUUCAAAUCACCAGGGUUGAAACUUAACACAAACAAAAUUCUUCGAGGAUCGAAACUCAAAAUCGGGAGCUACCUUUGGUUUUAAUUAAAAUUGAGAUUUUAUGUACUCUCAAGAUUCUACAGUCGACUAAAAAUACACAAACGUUCGAUCCCAUUAAGACAAGUAGUAAAUUUCACUAAUUUACUAGCAUAUCUUUUCUCCAAAUACCUGUCCUUAGUGUGAAAAUCUUUCUAAAAAUAUACAAGACUUAUAAAUAAACAUUCAUUUUGAUUUUAAAUUGAAAAUAACAAACUAGAAGCUAGAUAAAGCCAUGAUAUUUGUCCAUGAUUUGCUAGCAUCCCUAUUAUCGAAUGUCCUAAUAUCAUUUUCGGUUUGUUCGAAUCGGGCACGAAUCUAUCAGAAUGAUGUCCACGAAAUACCAGUAGAAUCGUCAAAGCUUUGAACUUUUUCGUAGGAACUAAUUAUUUUAAGUUCAAAGGAAGCUUAUUUCGUUAGACAAAUGGAGUUGCGAUAAAUCUCUGUGUAUCAUCUAUAUUUGCAAAUCUGUUCAUGAAUCGAUUUAGAAAAAUAACAUCUUAGUUAACAGAUCGUUGUUUUAAACUCAUCCCUAUACUCCUACCGACUUUUUUGUAUGAUUUAGCCGAUAAUAGCGGAGUCAGUCAUGCGUGGUGUAAAAGUUAGCAUUUUAACCAUCAGUCCAAGUUGUCACAACACUAACACAGCAAGGUAAAAUUAUCAAGGCGAAUCCCUGAAUCGUAGAGUUAAAUAAUACUAUUAGUUGUAGUAGAAAAAAUUGGGAAUAGGUCUUAAGAUUCUUAGUGGAAGAAUAAAUUAUCAGGAAAAAUAAAAAAGAGUAUAAGAUAAUUUUAAAAUUUAAGGUCUAAGGGGAAGACAGAGGGAGUAUGAAUCUUCGCCAUUGCGAUCGAUUUUGAGCACUGUCACUCAGUCUCCAAACAUCAAUUAAGAUAAUUGCGCAGACCUUAACCAGUCAGUGUGCUCCUAACAAUACGACUCACUUUAACUAGUUUAUGAACUGAUCCUACGUUUUAGUUUGGUCAUCUUAGCUUUCUUUCAGCUCACUCUUACACCUCCCAACAUCUCUUGUCUAGACGAUAAAGAUUCACAACCUCAUCAAUAGAUUUUCCACUCUUGCUAAGUAUUAUGCGUCUAACCUCAGCAGUGCUCACUCGAUAGCUUGAACAUACGGGGUCGAUGCUACAGACGUAUCUGUUAUCAAAUUCUGGUGACCUACGAAUAUCCUCUACUUUUAAAGGUUACUUUUAACAACCACAGAGUAUAACAAAACUAAGUGCUGCCUAGUGUGCUCGUCCUUUGGUUGACAGACGGACAUUUCGCCUACGCAACAAGUGAUGCAAACUAAAAAAAAUGCUAAGGGAGCUUUCUCACAUCAACUCAUUAGGGCUGAUGCAAUCCAAUCAGUCUUGAAGCAACAUUUUGUAUGCAGAGGUAGAGAAUUGUAUCCCUAGCAUUUUUACAUUUUUUGCUUUAGAAGGUCGGGAAACUGAAUUUGAUGAACAUUUUCAUCAAACAGACUGCAAAAAUGACAAUCAUGUUGUAUGGAAAGGGUAAUUUUAAUUCAAAUAUCUUACACUGCCUUAUCUUUAUUUUAUAGAUUCAAACUAUUUGUUGGAUCUCCAUGUUUGGUUUAAUCUAUGGGCAUAUAGUCAUAAAUUACAAAUCUUAUCUAUGGUUGAAAGUCGUGUAACACCAAUCAACAGAUUUUGGUCUGUUUUAAUUGUCCCUGAAGAUGUUAAAGACCGAGAGAUGGGUAAAUUGGUACGUAUCGAUUCAGAUCAUUUAUAUAUAAGUAAACCAAUGAAUCCUUCUGAUCUAUCAUAUACCAGUAUUGUUAAUUUUAUCGAAAAUCUAUCGUUAUGUAAACAGGCACCUGUGAAUACUGAUAAAACAACCUUUGUAACUUCCCAUAUUUCUAGAGUACAUUAAAAGUUUCUUCUUCUUAUUAUUAUUAUAACAUGUUCUAAUCUCAUUGACUUUUCUCAGUUCAUCAGUGAACAGAAGAGGUUUAAUUUGUCAUCUAUGUUUUCAAGUUGUGAAAUUCUUUCUGUUCGUUUUAUUUGUACAGGCUACUUAUCUUUGUUAUUUUUUACUUUCACUCUUUCCUGAAGAUUAGUCUAAUAUAAUUUUUUUAUUAUUAUUUUCAAAGUGAUAUUUUGGUUGUUUUUUUUUCGGUGACUCUGUACAGUGAAUUAUGUGUGUCUUCACCUUUGAUUCCUCCCCACAAUGUGUCUUUUCCAGAUUAAUUUAUUUCUUUUUAAGUGGAAUCCAAACUGUUACCUGUAUUAUUUUGUAAUUUCUGAUAAUAUAGAGUGAUGAUUAAUAAAUUAAUUCAUCAGU